CUCUGAACUACCUUUUCUGAUCUACUACGCUGAGAGUGAAAAGUCAUCAUGUUCAGCUUCGGGCCGCUGGACCUUCUUGUUCCUGUUCUUAUGAUUCUUCUCACAGUGGUCUACUUGCCCAUUACUGUUGUCUUUUUGCUAAAGGAUUUGAAAUUCUCUCACUUGGUAUCAUGGCACGCCUUCCAGAACGCGUGGUUCGAACGCUUCUGGGCUUUUUUUGGCUCCGUUUCAAUGCCACUAUUCACCAGUGAUGUCGAAACUGUGUUGGCCAACGCUAGUGGUGUGGUUCUUGAUGUCGGGCCUGGCUCAGGGGCGUGGAUGUAUUUAUUUUCGCCCAGGCGAAAUCCCAAUAUAUCCAAGCUUUUGCUGCUGGAGCCAAACGAAAAUUUCCAUCAAUCACUGAAGAUGACAGCAGAGGAGCAUGGGCUCGCUGGCCGAUAUGAGAUCCUUGGCAACGGCACCACAAGCCUGGAAAAGAUAGGAAUACAAACAGGAUCAAUUGACACCAUUACUACAGUGCAUGUCCUCUGCAGUGUUAGCCAGCCUCAUAUAUUGAUCAAAGACCUAUAUCGCUAUUUGAAGCCAGGAGGACAGUGGUUGGUUUAUGAACAUGUCAGGGUCAAGGGAAAGGGAGCUUUCAUUGCAUAUUGGCAAGCUGCCAUAAAUAUCAUCUGGCUGCAGAGUGGAGUUCAGUAGAUCUAUGGCCCGGGCCUGGGGAGGGAAGAUUCACCCAACUACCACACACAGCGGGAAGCCUUACCAAAGAGAAGUGAUGGGAUAAAACCCUCCAAGUAGACUGAUAACGAGCGAACAACGGGACCUCAAUUCAACAAAUGGAGGUUCUCAGUAAAAAAUUGUUCCAACAUGUCGGAGGUGGC